AAUACGAUUGGAGCUGUGUUUGUGUGACUCGAGACUAGUGUUGGUUAAGUGUUGUAUAGAAAUGGCGGCAUAACUAUCGUUAAGUGCCGUAAAGUGUGUCCUCAGUCGAGAGCCAAAUAACAUCAGAACAGAAACCAUAGAUCAGAGAAGACAUCAUAAGAGAAGACAAGAGCUGGGAUUUGACCAAAAAAGAAGAUACAAAAAGUAAAAGCAAACAAAGACUGAAACUAAAAGCGGAACACAACUGAAGACAAUGAAGAAGUGAUACAUUAGUUAAUAAUUAAUAAGAGAUUACAAUUAGUGAAGACAUAAACGAUAAGCGAAAACACUUUUGGCAAUAAAAAAGACUCAUUUGAUUAACACAUUGAAAGCAACGCUCGGAAACAAAAAACCACUUAUUUUAUUAGAUUUUAGUUUUUAAUUAAAUGCAUAAAAAGUUAAACUAAAGUAACAAAGAAAACAAAUAAAGUCUCGACAAAAGCGUAACUCAACACAAAACUAAUAAUAGUCAACACAUUUGGGCCAUUGUUUACAAGUUUUGAUAAUUAUAUUAUGAUAUGAAAUAUCUAUUAACUAUAAUAUUAAUAAUAAUAAUAAUAAUUACAUUGAAUUAUAAUCCAAACAAACUGAAAGUCGACUUAAAGUUGACUUAACUUUUAAGUAAAUUUUAUUUUUCUCUUCGAAACUGACUGUGAAUUACAUUGCGAUAUAUAUUCAGGACUAAUGGAUAGUCCGCAGUGGAAGGCCUUCCAGUUGCCAAACAAUCACACCAAUCACGACAACAACACCGACACAAACCCGAAUGCCUGCACCAGUCGUUCAUUUGUCUCGACGGCUAAUAAUGUAUUUUCAAAUAAAAGCAAUUCUUCGAACAACGAUUCCUCCAAUUCUUCUUCGAGUGCCACAACACAGGGCGGCUUCAGAGAGGCCGGCAUUGUUGAGAAACUGUUGGCCUCUUAUGGGUUCAUACAGUGUUGCGAACGUCAGGCGCGACUCUUCUUUCACUACAGUCAAUAUUCGGGAAAUAUUGAACACUUGAAACUCGGAGAUCCGGUCGAGUUUGAAAUGACUUACGACAGAAGGACAGGCAAACCGAUCGCCAGUACUGUCAUAAAGAUCACUAACGAGGCGUUCAUAUCCGAAGAGCUGAGCACUGAACGGGUGAUUGGUUUUAUCACCACUGAGUUGACCACCGAAAGGGAGGGACGCAUUGCCUACGAGAAUAGAGGCGAAUGCUUUUUCCUGCCCUUCGCUAAGGACGACAUCGAAGACGAUCCCAAUCUUAACUCUAAAGAUAGCGUCACUUUCUAUAUCGGAACCGAUAAGAGCGGAAACUUGAGGGCCCGUCACGUGAAACUCGAAGUGCCCACACCUCAGAAGCACUCGGGAGUGAUUUGCACUUUAAAGGAAUCGUUUGGAUUCAUUGAGCGCUCAGAUGUCGUCAAAGAAAUAUUUUUCCACUCGUCUGAAUGCAAAGACUUUAAAGACCUACUUCUUGGAGACGACGUGGACUUCUGUAUCCAAAGCCGAAACAACAAAGAGGUGGCCGUAAGUGUGAAUAAACUAACGCCCGGUUCAGUAGUGUUUGAAGACGUUUCGGACGAAUGGUUUACGGGACGAAUCAUUAAGACGUUAGACCGUCAGAACUCCUCUCAUUCCAGUUCGAGAUCACAAUCGACACUAUCCUCACAAUCCGGCACGUCUUCCGAGCCCUUUCCCGGACGUAUUGUUUAUAACAAAAAUGGAGACCAAAUCGAAAUACCUUACGGCGAACGAGACGUGAAGGGAGAGUAUAGUUUCAAAUGCGAUGAUUUGGUCACUUUUCAAGUGGUCACCGAUCGAAGGGAUGGCUUACAACACGCCUCUGGAGUGGAUCUUUUAGAGGACACAUUCACCGUAACUGAUGAACAUAGAGAACAGGGAUAUGUGGCCGCACUUAAGGAUUAUUACGGUUUCAUAAAAUGUUGGAAUAGAGAGGGAACGCGAGUCUACUUCCGGGUCAGCGAAAUGCUUAACCCAAACCUCUCGCUGAAACUUAACGAUGAGGUGGAGUUCACAGUGGGUCCCGACCUCUCAUCGGUGGGUCGACUGCAAGCGCUUCGCAUAAAACUACUGCCCGACGGAACCAUAUUUAAGAAUCUUCUCUCUCCGGCCAAACAAAUGCAAAAACAGCUCUCAAACGGAUCCUAUAAUUCUGAGUCAUUCUAUGGUGAAUACAAUAUCCCGAACGGAAACGACUCCCGACUCCCAAAGACCAACGAUUUUCCGUUAAUAGACUUCAACACCGAAUUAGAAAACGAAAGGAACGGAACAUAUGGUGCCGACGAGAAAAGCCACGCAAAAGCAUUAUAUAAUGGCCGCUCUUCUGAGGGAAUUGUCGCUAAAAGCAAUUCCUGGUCUGAAAUCUUGUCUCAGUUGGACAUCGGAACCAAUUUAACCGAAUCCAGCGAUUUAUUGAGUAGUUCUUCCCAAUACGAACAGUCAAACGACCGGCCAUUCACUCAACAGCCCUUAAAACCUAUGGUUAUCGCCGAAUCACUCGAUGAAGACUCUCAAUCAUAUGAAUCGCAAACACAAAGUGUGCCUAAAAUUAAAAGGGACUCCAAUUCAAAGAGUAGCGUCUCAUCCAAUUUAUCCCGAAAUACAGUUCACAUUAAAAAUGGAAACAAAUAUUCCAACCGUGGAUUUGUUGUCGCUCUUAAGGAGUCGUUUGGUUUCAUUGAGACAGAAGACGGACAAAGAGAGCUCUUCUUUCACUACAGUGUUUAUGACGGAAACGUUGAUCUCUUAGAGUUGGGACAACCGGUCGAAUACAACGCCUCCUUUAAGAACUCAAAGCUGACGGCACUCGCCGUUCGUAAAACUCAGUCAAUACGGAAACAAACGGAUGAAAUACAGCCGGAAGUGCUGUCGGGUGUAAUCAUACGUAACGUUCGCACUUUGAAUCCCGACCAAAAUGAAUACACGGGUCUAAUACGUGUGGCCGCGGACUCGACCACCAAUAGUGGCGACAGUGAAGAGAAAACAGAGCACGAGUUUAGUAUGAUUUCACUCUACGAUAUCAACGAAUUCAUCCAAAAGGGAGACGCCGUUAAGUUUCAGGUGGGCUUCAACUCAGCGGCCGAUAAAUAUCGUGCCGUAAGAAUACAACCCAUUCGUACCAAACAUCAGGGAACCGUUGAUUGUGUGAAAGGAAACUUUGGGUUUUUGAGUUACGAAAGCGAAACCAACAUAUUUUUCCAUAUGUCUGAAGUGAAGAACAACUCAAACCUAGCGCCGGGAGAUUCGGUCGAGUUUGUCAUACUUCACAGCCAAAGGACCGGCAAAUCGUCCGCUUGUAAUAUAGUGAAGAUCGGAGAAACACAGACCGCACGACCUGAACGACUCACUCGCGUCAAAGUGGAAGACAGCGGCCCAAGAGUUGUGGUGAUUCGAAACCCCAGAGGACCCGACGGAACCAAUGGCUUCAAAAAUGGUCGCGAAAAAUGCGCCGAAAUUGUAAAGUAAUGGCGGAUUCAGACACUAAAACGUACUCUAAUUGACGAUUAAAACGUGUAUUGAAUGUCAAGACAACCGCUACUUAUUAUAUAUGGUUUUUAGUGAAAAAAAAACAAUUGUUUAUAAAAAGCCUUUUUGCAGUUUGGGUCACAUUUUGUAUGAAAUGUUUUUUAAACGGAAACAAAAACUGUAAACUAUUAUAAUUUUAUUAUUUCUUAUUUGUACGACAAAAACACAACAAAAACAAUACAAAGAACUAGUGAUUCGUAACCGAUUCGGGUUAAGCCGUUAAGAGUUGUUCGUAACUAAGCAUACAAUUAAUCGAUUGAUUAUUUCCUCACAUAUUAUUGCAAAAACUUUGUUUUCAUACAAUUAUUCCCACUCUAUGUCUGAGCCCUCAUGAAAAUGUAAUCCUGUUUUUUAGGUGCCCUUUAUUUUUGCUGUCGAGAUAUUAUUUACCUUUCCAUUGAAUUUCACAAUGAGUUGAACUACUGGUAGGGUUUGUGUGGUUUGUUACCCAACUGUGCCUUUCGCUCAACUAAUUUAUUAAUUAUAUAAAUAUAUAUAUCGCUUCUUAAGACCAAUUGCUAGUCCACUACCCCCUCAAGUCUAGCCAUCCAUCGCAACAAUUAUGUCAAUCUGAAUAUCAAAUAUAUUAUAAAAACUUAAAAACAAACAAAAAAAAUACUACAACACAAUGUAUAACAAACAAAAAAAACUAUCAAUUACUGUAACUUUUGUAGCCUUCGAUUGUGAGCUAAAAUGACCAACACUUGUGAACCAAAAAAAAUACAUAAUAAGAUAAACAUUUGAAUUUACUGUUAAGAUCUAAACCAAUAAAUGAAAUGAUUUAUAAGAGAACCCAACGAACGAAACAAAUAUGCAAAUCGUUGAUCGAUUCCCAAUCGACACAUGUAUUAACAAAAUGUGACUAAAAAAGUAAAUUAUGUGAACAACUAA